AUGUCUCUAAAGUUGUCCGUAAACCUCUCCCGAUGGACUACUGCUAUUCAUCGGUGCAGAUGUCCAAACAAGGAUAUCCUUCCGAUACGAAGACAUCGUCAUGCUGCCCCAGAGGCAAAACAUGGCAACCCUUAUCCAUAUCCCACACAUAGAAAUCCUACCCCCCACCAACUUUUUCAUUUGCCUAAGAAUGCCAGCAAGUCCGACAUAAAAGCUCGAUACUAUGACCUCGUCCGCAUUUACCAUCCGGACAAAGCUAUAGAUUCCGUUCCUCCAGAGGUUGCACAUACGCGUUUCCAGGCAAUAACAGCUGCCUACGAUGUUUUGAGGGGCAAGAUUCCUCCGGAUGCAGAUGCCACCUAUGCUAAAGCAUCCGACUUGGAGGCACGGCAUCGGACAACUGCUGCAUACAGAGCCGCACGACAGAGAAGACAGGAGCUAUAUAGUAGUGGUGCAGUGGAUGAUAGUAGGAAAGACAAAAUCAUAGUGGCUGGAGUUGUUUUGACCAUAUUUAUUGUCAUUGCCCAUACUGCCACCACUCGCAGAGAAGCAUUGGCAGAAGCUAUGGCUAGAAGUCGGAGUAUGUCCGCCAAUGCUCAAAGAACAAACAGUCAACGGCAAAGAAUCGAGGAGGAGCGUCUGUCGCUGGAUGCACCGACGAACAAACAGGAGCAUAUAUCUCCUGAAAGUUAA